GUGUGCUGACGUCCAGCUCAACUUGUCAGUUGUCAGCUGUGAUGUUGCUCACUGGACAAGCGGAAGCUUUCUCCGUGUCGGUCAGUUUGAUGUUGUUGUUUCUCCAGCAUCAUGAAGAAUAUUUCAAUUGAUAGUGUUUCUUAUGAGCUCAUACUGACAGAAAGACAGCUAGCUGAAAGGACGUCGUCGUGGUUCGUCGUGGAUAGACGAGGCCCCACACGCUUCUUUGGAUCGACGGGUAGCGCGUUGGUCGCCAUCGGUUGGGGCCCUGCAAGGCUGGCGGUGGUGCAGGGUUCAUGUCUUGGACUCUCCAUGAACAAAUGCAUUGUUGUUGAAGAAAAACUGUCGAAAGGCAUUGGUCUCAGCUUUACGACAUCUGAAUAUCAACCUCCCGUGUCUCUCUACUGGAAACAAUCACGACGUGAUCAACUCUCAGGAGGUCCAGCUGGUCAAGUAGCAACGCGGCAAAGAUGAGGGGGACAGUCUGAGAGAAAAUGCGCUUGGAACACGGGCUCCCCGCCUUCUGGACCCGUCGCUUUUUUUACACGUCAGGUACCUACCUACCUCCCCCUCGAAGUGGGCUCUGAGGUCAGCAACACCAGUAAAGUCGCAUUCAGCCACGAUCCCCGACGUUCUGUGCCGUUUCCCAGAGACCUGGACCUGUUGCUGUCACUCUUUUUUGCUCAGACACAAACCGGACCUGACAGAGGAACAAACUUGCACCAGUUGGUAAACAGGGGGGCUGAGUUUGCUAGAAAAACCACACCUGUUUCCAUUGGUCAAUUUGCCGCCAUCGCAUCCCAAAGGGAGCCAGAAGAUGGCCGAGAUGCCCGAACCCCAAGGGUUGCUUCAAUGCUUCGUGUCAAAAAGGUAGAGAGCUCUUUUGCCAGCAGUAGACUCGAUUCAGCAGCUCAGCAGCAUCAGUUGUCUGCAGAGCUAUCAAUACGGUGCCGCCUCGCCGCCUCCGGACCCCAACGCACCAGGAGGUGGUCAGGGAAGGGGGAAAAGGUGGGUUCAGUCGCCGAGCGUGUGAGCACGAGAGCGGCGUGCAGAAAACCCCCCGGCGGUGCUGCACCCAAGUCCCUUCUGGGAAUGGAAAUUGCGCCGUUGGGCCUGGGUCUCGUUAAUCUUUCCUCUCCUCUCUCUCUCUCCCUCCCUCUCUCUCUUCUGCAUUUUCUGUCUAUCUUUCUUUUCGUCAUCUCAUCUCUUUAGACGACAAGACUCUAAAACGACAAACACCAAGGAAUUGUGCAACUUUUUGUCGAGGACGAAACAUCAACGCCAAGCAGCUGUGACAUUGGAUGGUUUGACGACGAAUUGAUAUCGGAUAACAACGAGCGGGCGGCUCAAAGAUGGCGGCCAUCGGUCCGUUGACCACGACCUUCUCGGCUCCGUCGAGUUGUGCGACGGUUCUUUCCAACUUUUACGAGGUUUUUGAGGGGGAUAAGGAGUCGAGUUAUGUUCAGGGGCCGCUAUUCCCAACACAUAAAGACUGUUUCCCGAGUGGUUAUGAUCCAGAACCGACAAAAUACUACUCGCCUGGGUUCUGCCCGCAGGAGUAUACAGCUGCAUGCUCGAGUAUUCGCACAUCAAGCACCGUGACGGAAACCGCCAUUGCCUGCUGUCCAAACUAUGGUGUCGAAUACACCUGCGCAACCGAAUCAAAGCCGGAAUCAGGAUGCACCACGGUCUGGCAAGGCGGCGCCGGCGAACUCAAGCCAAUCGUCAUCAAAAACUCCACCAUCGCCAGCACUGCAACCGUCACUCUCAGAGGAGGCGCGAUAUCGGCCUAUGCAGUUCAGAUCCGCUUCCAAGCCUCUGAUCUCUCCAACGCCGUCAGCCCCUCCCGAACAGCAACCAUCCCCCCCGCAACCAACGUCCUCCUCCCCCCAGACAACACCAGCUCCUCGUCCACCGGCCUAAGCUCGACAGCUAUAAUCGGCAUCGCCGUCGGCGGCGGCCUGGGGUUUUUCAUCAUUUUUUCCUCGCUAUGUCUCUGGUGCUACAUGCGCCGUCGCAGGAAACAAUACGCCCCCCAACAAAAACCUCCCCAACCCGGAAGCGGCGCCCCUUCACGCUACAGCACCCGCUCCCACCCCCACCAUACCUUCUACGACGACACAAACAGUCAACACACAGCCCCAACACCAUCCUACCGCUCCCAACGCUCCCAUCGAUCCUCCUCCCGAAUGCACCACAACACCAUUCCCGAGCACGCCGAAGCACCCCCCGUCCCUCCCAAAGAAAAAUCGGUUUCUUACCGUGCCAUCCCGCCACCGUACGAGCUAUCGGAGGAGCCUUCCCCAAGGCUGGGUGGUGGGUACGGGAAGAGAAGCCAGAGCUUGCUGCACAGUCCGGGCAGUGUGAGGACGUAUGAAAGUAAAAGGAGCCAUGGGAGGGGGGAUAGCGGGGUGAUGUACGGGGUGGGGAUUCAAGUUCCCAUCGGGACGAGGGCGCCGGCCGAGCUGGAGGCGGAGGUGCCGGUUGAGAGGGAAAGGGCGGCGAGUCCGGAGAGUGGGAUGACCGGGUGGACGGGGGUCACGCAGGCUACGGGGAGUAGUGGCGGGUUGACGGAUACGAGGCUGGGGAGGGGGGCGGCGAGUCCGUUGGGGUGGUUGUGAUUGGGAGGGUGGUGAUUACCUGGGGAGGUGAGGGUAAACAAGCAAGAUCAAAAAGCAUGAGUGAGGAAGUUGGGGGGGUGGAAGAUCUGUUUCCUAUAUUAUAUCAUUCCUGGGAUUUGGACUUCGGGAACGGUGGCUUUUCAUGUUUGAUUUUACUUGGGAAACGGGCGGGUAUUUCAUCAGCGUGAUUAUUGGGGAUGGAUGGAUUAUUUGGGGCUAUGUUAGACGGACUUUGGAUAGGUUAUAUCAUGACUUUUUUGGUUUUUUUGAAAAGGGGGUGGAUGGGUGGAUGACCGGGGACGG